GGAUACACCGUACUGUCAGAUUAGUGAACGGAACAAAUGGCUGAAGUGCAGCUGACACCGCUCAGACUGUGGGACGACUUCUACCCCGGCUCGGAAAGAUUCGCCAAACCGGACGGGAAAGAUUUGGCGAGAUGGAACAACAGGGUUGUCAGCAACCUGCUUUAUUAUCAAACUAACUACUUGGUUCUGGCCAUCGCAGUUUUCCUGUUUGUAGGGUUCCUGAACCCUCUGGGGAUGUUCACAGCCACGGCCGUGGUGUCGGCCGUCUUCAUGGCCUCGGUGUGGGCCGGAGAGAACAGAGCUGCGAUCAGCGACUUCAAGAGGCACAAUCCCGCGGCCUUCGUGAUCGCCGUCAUGGUCGCCAGCUACAUGUUGAUCUCUCUGCUGGGGAGCGUCAUGGUGUUUAUGACGGCCAUCACUUUACCUCUGGCUCUGAUAUUUGCACACGCUUCCUUUCGCCUCCGCAACAUGAAGAAUAAACUGGAGAACAAGAUCGAGGGAGCCGGACUGAAGAGGUCCCCCAUGGGCAUCUUGCUGGAGGCUCUGGGCCAGCAAGAGGAGAACUUACAAAAGAUCCAGAGCUUCCUGGAGGGAAAACUGAAGGAGUGAUUGUGCACUCGUGUGUUCUUCUUUUUCGCCAAAGAUCUUGACUUUUUGUCUCAAUCUAAACCUCUUAAAGUUUGUUUCAUGUACUGUGUGUGUUCACCCGUGUGUGUGUGUGUAUGUGUUUUGAGAAGAAAGACUGUAAUCUAUUAUCUCCUCCCUCAGGGUAUCCGUCACUCCACUCAGAACUUGUCGGGACACUUUUUUCUCAAACGGUGGUGACACACAUCUCACAUCUCUGCUAUGCAAUGUGUCAGUGUUCAUGUGAAGCACAGCUGCGGACUCCUUUUUUCUCGGUUUAUGAAAUCUGUGUUUAAUCAGUCUGAGAACCAGCCGUCGGUCCUGUCGGCCAGAAUUGUGAAAGCAAUGCAAGUGUUGCUUUGUAACAAAGAAAAAAAAAAAAACAGUGCACAGUCAACACGCAUCACUGCCGGGUCUGUACUGUUGGAAGCUUUUGACUAAUGUCUCCUCACUUAAAAAUCUAAAAGUUGACUGAAGUAUGCAUUUGAAUAGAAAUAAACCAACUUCAUGUUCACGCAGAUAGAACAGAGAAAGCACUGCUUUGUCUUGAGCUGUGGAAUACAUGUGACUCCAAACACUGAUCACUGUGUCAAUAUAAAUGAAGACUUCAAAGGAGUGCGAGGUCUUAACCUGCAGCCAUCAGUAUUCCUCCUGCACCUCUUGACUGUUUAAUCUUGACAAUGCCCCCCCCCCCCCGGGUGAUGGAUUGGCUAACUCCACGUCGUACCCCCAAUGCUAAUCAAUGGGCUGCAGUAGAUUAUAGAGAGCUGAGCGCUGCACAGUGACAGAGUGGAUUCAUCUGCAGUCAUUCACCUCCAAAGACCCGAGUUAGUCGCUGCGUCAGCUUCUUCCAGCUGCUUUUUUUUAUUUAUUGGAUUCCAUUUGAAAUUGGCUGCAGAUAACGAGAAUCCAUGUGGAACGUACAGCCCUGUUAUUUGGUUAUGUGGCAGCGUGACGAUAAGAAUGAUGGGCAUUAAAAAGAGUAAUCACUUCA